GCUUAUGGACCCCCACAGGGAAUGUCCGGGAUUUCGAAAAGGAAGACGUAUGAAACACGAACCACUUGGAGGUGACAGCAACCAAGUUUCCUCAAAAGCCGCAAACUCGUCGCGGCGUUCUGAGCACGGGAAAAGCCCAACUUCUGUGCCCUGCGAAAUCAACUUUGCAGGCAUAAUGAGCACCUUGACUGAACCGGCCACAAUGUUGAGCGUAGAUCAAUCGGCUACGAUCUCACCUUUUGUCAGAUCGCAUACACCACCUCUCGUCGAUUUGCCUAUGCAACCAACAACGAAGUCACCAUCAACAAGGAUAUCCGCAGUGCCACAUACGCAUUCCACCACUACGAACCCCAAAAUCGCCACACUCCUCAGCCUCCCGCCCGAAACCCUCACCCAAAUCGCGCUCCUCACCUCUAUCCCAACCCUCUCGGCACUCCGUCUCACCCACCGCUACCUCGCUCGUGCCCUCCCAACACCGCAACACCUCCUCAACAUCGAGCUCACGCACCUGCUCACGACCUACACCCCCGACGAAGCGCUGGGCCGCGCCGUCAUCCGCGGGAGCUAUCUGGCCAACAUCAAGUGGGGCGCGGUAGCGGAUAUCGGUCACGAAGCACAUGUGAGGCUCGUUGCGGGCGUGUUGAGGCGCGGGGCGAGGUGGACUAGGGCUUUCGUGUAUGUCUGGGGUCGUGGGGCCAGGGAGGUUGGAGGCGAAAGUGAGGAAACAGCGAAUGAGUAUGGUGUCGGGACCGCUCAGCUGGCGCCUGCGGUCGAGGGAAACGUGUUGGCGGGCAUUCUGGGCGUAGAUUUCGAGGCCGAAGCGGAGGGUCGUGGCGGCGGCAUCACGGAGGUACUCGAUGCGGCGGGGGUUGCGGACCGGCAUCUACUGUGGCAGAUCGCGAGGGAGUCGUCGCCCUGCAGUGGCUCUAUCGCGCGACCGAUCCCACCAAGUGAUCCGACGCUGUAUGGAUUGUGGUUGUGGGAGGUGCAGGUGGUUGUGAUUAGGCGCUGGUGCAAGAUCUUUGGUGAGAGGGGCGAUGCCGAGAUGGUUCGCACUUUCAUUCCUGCGCUUGGCUUGUUCGAAGUUGCCGCGUUGAGCAGAUGUGCCGAGGUGGUGGGUGAGGCGCAUCGGAUGUGGUCGAAAGCUAGGUGAAGCAAAGUUCCCACGACACAUAUUCUGUAAAAUACCUGGUCCCUUCCUGCUCUCCAUGAGAGUGUUGUGUUCAUGUAAU